UUCAGGGUCGGUUGCAUGAACGGAGCUCUAUAGAAAUCUGACAGCUUCACAGGUGAAACAUCGUUCAGAGGUUGUUUCACUUUCUCUUUCAGUGGCCGGAACAUACUCGCUGUGAGUCUGGGGUUGACACAGUCAAAAAGCAGUAAUUCGUCCAAUAAUAUCGGCAACAUGAACAAAAAGAAAAAGGACUGGAAGGAGGAAAAAGUCAAACUGUUGAACAUGAGUCUGGAGGAGCGCCGGAGGCAGUACCGUUCUGAUCAUGUGACGCUGGAGAAGAUCCUCACCUGGAGACAGAUGAGUAAAGCUGAAGUGGACGGACACAGCCUCCUGAUUGACAAAGUUUCUCUGUACAAAGGCGACAUCACCAUCUUGGAGGUGGACGCCAUCGUGAAUGCAGGUGUGAGGGGGCAGGUGUCACACGCCCGUGCUGCACUCAGGGACCAGGGGGGAGUAAGAGGAGAGCUGCUGCCCCCCUGCUUCCUCCGUAACCCAAUAGGCCGUUCCACACGGACCUCAAUAUCUCAGCACCUUCCCAGGGUGAAAAAUCUCUCACACCAGCCAGCUCCCCAGGAAGUUGACCCAGCGGAGCAGGUCAUCACUCCGAGACAAAGAGAUUCUUAUCGGGCCGGGCGGCGCUCUCUCUCUCACCCCCCCCCCCCUCACCACCCCUCGGACUGUGAGCGAUGAAUUCUCUGAAACUUA